AUGGAGAGGGCCACGCUGAGCUUGAGGAGCCUCUAUGAUCAACUGGUGCACCUGGCUGAAAUUUUAAGUGAAGGAGAUGAAUACAAGUUUAUUCAGUUGGCAAAGAACUUUGAGGAGUAUCGGAGGAAGCUGCAGACCACAGAGCAUGAGCUGGGCAGGUACAAAGACCUGCUGAUGAAAACUGAGGCUGAACGUGGUGCUCUGGAGGUGAAGCUGAAACACGCCCGGAAUCAAGUGGACGUGGAGAUCAAACGGAGGCAAAAAGCUGAAACAGACUGUGAGAAGCUGGAGCGGCAAAUCCAACUGAUCCGGGAGCUGCUCAUGUGUGAUUCCUCUGGGAGCAUCCAGCUCAGUGAGGAGCAGAAGUCAGCCCUGGCCUUUCUCAACAGGCCUCAGGCUUCUCUUGGGGGUUCAGGCAACAAAAGGCUGUCUACAAUAGAUGAAUCUGGCUCAAUUCUGUCAGACAUCAGCUUUGACAUGACUGAUGAGUCACUGGACUGGGACUCCUCUGUGGUGAAAGCUGUCAGGCUGAAAAGGAGACAGAAGCGGCGCUCUUCCAGGCAGUUCACUGAAGGUCCAUCAGGUCCCCAGAAGAAAAUCCGAUCAAUUGGCUCCACAGCAGACCAGGCAAAUGAAUCCAUAGUAGCAAAGACAACUCUGAUGGUCCCCAAUGAUGGGGGCCCAAUUGAAGCCAUCUCUACCAUCCAGACUGUGCCCUAUGGCUCGAGAAGCCGGAGGAAGAGUGGUCCUCUGCAGCCUUGGAGCAGCGAGUCAAGCAUUGGCAGCAAACAGCUGGGGCCCAAAUCGGAGAGUGAUGGUUCCAGCACCCCACAGAGCAAUGCAGGAGUGAGGCUGCAUGACUUUGUUUCCAAGACGGUUAUCAAGCCAGAAUCGUGUGUUCCAUGUGGCAAAAGAGUGAAAUUUGGGAAAAUCUCCCUGAAGUGCAGGGACUGCCGCGUGGUGGCUCAUCCGGAGUGCCGGGACCGCUGCCCCCUGCCCUGCAUCCCCACCUUGACAGGCACCCCUGUCAGGAUUGGAGAGGGUACGUUGAUGGACUUUGUCCCUUCUACUCCUCCAAUGAUCCCUUCCAUCAUAGUCCACUGUGUUAAUGAGAUCGAGCAGCGAGGGCUGCAUGAGACUGGCCUGUACCGCAUCUCUGGCUGUGACAAGACAGUGAGAGAACUGAAAGAGAAGUUCCUUAGAUCAAAAAAUAUGCCUUUGCUCAGUAAAGUGGAUGAUAUCCACGCUAUCUGUGGCCUUCUCAAGGACUUCCUGCGCAGCCUGAAGGAGCCUCUGCUCACAUUCCGGUUAAACAAGACUUUUAUGGAAGCUGCAGAAAUCUCAGAUGAGGACAACAGCAUUGCUGCUAUGUACCAAGCAGUUGGAGAGCUCCCUCAGGCCAACAGGGACACCCUGGCUUUCCUCAUGGUUCACCUCCAGAGGGUGGCUCAGAGCCCAGACACUAAGAUGGACAUUCCCAACUUGGCCAAAGUCUUUGGCCCCACAAUAGUUGCCCACGCGGUGUCUGAUCCUGACCCAGUGACCCUCCUGCAGGACACUAAGAGGCAGCCCAAGGUUGUGGAAAGACUUCUGCUGCUGCCCAUGGACUACUGGAGCCAGCAGAUAAUGGUGGAGCAAGAAAACAUUGACCCAGCCCAUGUCAUUGAGAACAGCAAUGCCUACUCCACUCCCCAGACACCAGAUGGCAAAGUGAGCAUGCUUGGACCCCUCACCACUCCAGAGCAGCAGCUCUCCAAGACACCAUCCUCCAGCUCCCUGUCCCAGAGGGUCAGGUCGACCUUCACCCCCAAAUUUGGGAGCAAAAGCAAGUCAGCCACCCAGCUUGGGCAUCAGGGCACCUUCUUUGCCUCUCCUGUGCUGAAGUGAAGUGGACCUGGGAGCUCUUGUUGUCCCAGCCCUUGCACACCAACUUGUCCAGGAAAUGCAAGUUUUCUCCACAGCCCUUGGCAGCUUACAUAAUAAGAUCUUUUAUUCUUUUAUCUUUCAGCUUAACUGAGGCUUUUAAUGGGAUUUUACUGUGCAAUUUACUUUUAUUAUCUAAUGUUUCACUGUAUUUAGUAUCGUUGAAGAAAAUAACUUGCAGGGCCCGUUCAAAGUGCUAUUAAAAAUUGCUCAAGAAACUCACACUUUUUAGGAGCAUCCAGUCUGAAGUGGAGCAGUCAUGCAAGGAUUAGAAGUUUGUUAUUUUUUUUAAGAAGUCCCUAGGUCCUUCACACAGCAAUGACAGCCUGACUGAACUUGGUCAGAAUCCCAUCUUUUCUAACAGCUCCAAGGUCUGGAAUUGUGACCCUUUGCUGUGGUGGUGCAGCUCUGCUCCUGAGGAUGGCAGUGUUGGACUGGGCUGAGGGGCAGAGGCUGCUCAGAAACCUGCAGGAGGGACUGACCUUUUCUGCAGACACGUUUUCUGAUGCUGUUUACAAGGGGGAACAUUUUGUAGAGGACUGUCUGUAGAUGCAAACCCAAAGGAUUCCUGGGCAGUCUAAAUGAAUGGUUAGUGCUGCUCGGAGUGGUGAGGGGAAUGAGGGUAGUUUAAGAGCACCUUUGCUUUUGGGAGUCCCUGCUUUCCCAACCUGGGCUGUGUGACCUUGCCCAAGAGAUUUGUGGAGCAUGUACAAAAGUUUAUAAAGUGGCUGUUUUUACUGAGCUCUGGUAAAA